AUGACUGGCCUCUCACAGUCAUUCACUAUAGAUGCAUUGACCACUAAUCUUAUCUCCAAAUGUCUAUCAAAAACCAUAGCUUUUUUAAAAGACCACGAACUUCUAGAUAAUCACACGUGUUGUAAUAAUAAAAUGAUAAUGGAGAGAAAUGCAGCAUCUUAUAGAGUAAGAUGCAAAAUAUGUACAAGCAGCAAUUCUAUAUGGAAAGGCUCUAUAUUUGAAAAUGUUAAUAUCCCUGUUAACAAAUUUAUACAUCUAAUAUAUCUUUUUGUGUCCUUGACGUCAAUAUCCGACAGCCUUCCUUUAAUAGAGUUAGCACAAUGUACCAUUGGAAAAUGGUAUGCUAUAUUUAGAAAGAUUUACUGCCAUACACAGGCAAUUAAUUUUGACAAAAUAGGGGGCCCUGGGCAUGUGAUUGAAAUAGAUGAAUCCCAUAUUUUUAAAAGGAAAAAUAACACAGGGAGGAUUCUAAAAUCUAAUGCCAUUUGGGUUGUAGGAGGAAUUUCAAGAAAUGAUGGGAAUUUUUUUAUUUCUCAUACAGAAAAAAGAGAUAAAGAUACCCUUCUAGGUAUAAUCAGCAAACAUGUCCAUACUGAUUCAACUAUAAUGACGGACAAAUGGAAGGGUUAUAACAAUCUAAAUGAUAAUGGCUAUGACCAUUACUCAGUGAAUCACAGUCAAAAUUUUGUAGACCCUAAUGAUAUAUCAACCCAUACUCAACGCAUUGAGCGUUUAUGGAGGGAUCUUAAGAAUUUGAUUGAAAAUUUCAAGAAAAAAUCUUAA